AUGGCCCCAGCACCUAUUGACGAUAGCAUCAAGGAUGUGGCAGUCCCUAAGAAGGAUACUCUCAACAUCCCCGAGCCUGCACGAAAGAGGCUCGAAAAGGCAGGCGUAGACUUGUCUCAGGGAUAUCCUUACCGUCCCUCGCGCCCUAUCUACCUCCAAGAUGCCUUCAAGAUUCGCGACAUCCCGCGCGACCAUGUUGAUGCUGGUGCUCGCGCCGAUAAGUCGAAGAAGAGUCUGCUGGAGGCCGCCACCAAAGUAACCGAUCUCACAGCGUAUAUUGGUACAGAGAUUGAAGGUCUCCAGCUUAAAGACUUGACCAACCAGCAGCGGGAUGAACUAGCUUUGCUCAUCGCCGAGAGGAGCGUUGUCUUUUUCAGAGACCAAGACCUUACACCGCAGCAGCAGAAGGAGCUUGGUGAUUGGUAUGGAGAAGUGGAAGUACACCCUCAAGUCCCCCAGGUCCCAGGUGUGCUCGGCGCUACGGUCAUUUGGCCGGAUCUCCAGGCCACCGAGAGAGCAGCCAAUUUCCGCAACCCAGGUGGUGCAUCAAGGUGGCACACUGACCUGGUUCAUGAACGCCAACCUGCAGGCAUCACCCACCUCCAUAAUGACACCAUUCCCUCUGUUGGUGGAGACACUCUCUGGGCCAGUGGUUACGCCGCUUAUGAGAAACUCUCUCCGGAAUUCCGCAAGAUCAUUGAUGGCAAGCAAGCCGUAUACCGCUCUGCUCACACAUACUUGGACCGUGAGAAUCCAGAAGCAGGACCAAAGCACAUUGAGAGAAUCCAUCCCAUUGUCCGAGUUCAUCCAGCUACAGGAUGGAAGGCACUCUGGGUCAACAGAGCCAUGACGGAUAGAAUUGUAGGACUUGACAGGGCAGAGAGUGAUGUCAUUUUGAAUUACCUGUAUGAUGUGUAUGAGCAGAAUGUCGACAUCCAAGUACGCUGGCGAUGGACACCACGAACCUCGGUCCUGUGGGAUAAUCGUAUCACAAUUCACAAUGCUAGCUGGGACUAUAGCGGGUCUGAGCCACGACACGGAACUAGGGUCACCUCUUUGGCUGAGAAGCCAUACUUUGACCCGUCCGCACCAACUCGUCGGGAAGCCCUUGGGCUUCUUGGCCAAAGCGAGAUUGAUGAGCUCAAGGCAGCGAGAGAGGGAUAA